CCAGUCCAUGGAGGAGGAGGAGCAGGUAGCCAUGUUGUAGCGGCGAGACGCGCGAGUUGGCGGAAAAUAAACUGCGAGUAGAAUCAGCGCAGGUACCCUCACGGUCCGGAGGAGCCCCCAUCCUGUUCCCUGCUCGGACUGCAGAGCUCCAGGAGACACCAUGAGCGGCGGGACGCCCUACCUGGGCAGCAAGAUCAGCCUGAUCUCGAAGGCCGAGAUCCGCUACGAAGGGAUCCUGUACACCAUCGACACCGAGAACUCCACCGUCGCACUUGCUAAAGUGCGCUCCUUCGGCACGGAGGACCGCCCCACCGACCGGCCCAUCCCGCCCCGAGAUGACACCUUUGAGUACAUCAUCUUCAGAGGCAGCGACAUCAAGGACCUGACUGUGUGCGAGCCGCCGAAGCCCACGUGCUCUCUUCCUCAGGACCCUGCUAUCGUCCAGUCGUCCAUGAGCACCAGCUCCUCGUCUUCAGCUGCCGCCGCCCCGACCCCCUUCCAGUCUGCUGGUUCCUACGGCCUCUUCAACCGGGCUCCAGUUCCUGCCUAUAACCAGUUCAGCGCCAGCCCCCUGGUUUCCCCUCAGUUUGGACCAGUCGGUGUCGGCCGCAGCAGCCCCAGCCUGGACCCUCUGCGGAAGAGCCCCGCCCUGGAGCAGGUGAUCCAAACUGCCCCGACCGCCACGGCUCCGGCCCCCGGCCUGGGGCGCAGGAGCCCCCCUCAGGGUCGCACGGCCCCGUCCACCGCCGCUCAGAGCAGCCAGAAGGUCCAGCACCAGGAUGGCGUGGACACGAGGAGGGGCGAGCCUGUCAGGGCUGGCCGUGGCGGCCAGGGCUGGUCUGCCCCCCGAACCAUCUCCUCCUCGCACAUCGCCGCCGCAGACAGGGCUCCCACCGCAGGGCUCCCCCACGCCAUCUUCAGCCACUCAGUGGCUGCCGGUGCUCCGGCUAACCGGCGUGGGCGAGGGGGCGGACACCGCGGCAGGGGGCGCUUCAACGUCCGCCGGGAUGGACCCAUGAAGUUUGAGAAAGACUUUGACUUCGAGAGCGCCAACGCCCAGUUCAACAAGGAGGAGAUCGACAGGGAGUUUCAGAGCAAGCUGAAGCUCAAAGACGAGAAGGCGGAGAAGGCGGUGAACGGAGAGGAGAAGGUUGACUCGAACGUGGAAACGCAGAACAGCGAGGGGAACGCCGACGAGGAGUGCGACCCGCUCGGCCCCAACUGCUACUACGACAAGUCCAAGUCUUUCUUCGACAACAUCUCCUGCGACGACACCAGGAAAGCCAACGACAAGUCCGGCGGCUCGGUCUUCCCCAGGGAGCGGAGGCAGACCUGGGCGGAGGAGAGGAGGAUGAACGCCGAGACGUUCGGCAUCCCCCUCCGUCAGGGCCGAGGGCGCGGCGGUUACCGUGGACGCGGCGGUAUGGGCUUCCGCGGAGGUCGGGGUCGUUCGGCAAGCCGAGGGUCCUUCGGGCCGCCACUAGGAGGAGGCGGCUUCAGGGGGGGCUACAGAGGAAACCAGGCCGGCCGGGAGUUUGCCGACCUAUCGGCGUACAGGAAGGACAACAAAGUGGCUGCGUAGUCUCAGCGGGAGGAAGAAGCUGCAGGAAGGUGGAGCUUCUGCAGUGGAAAACGAAAAUAAUGAAGAUUGUCUGCUAGUUGUAUGUUUGUCACCAGCACUGGUUUAGACUGCUGCGAUACGACAGCGCAGUUUAUCAGAGAAACACUUUAAAAAGUCCAGAUCUCUUCAAAAUAAUUAUGUAUAAAUGUCAUAUUUCAGAGGGGUGUGAGUCAUUUCUUUAGUUUUUCAACGAUGUUCCCCUUUCCCGAACCUGGAUCUGACGUAGCUUUACUGGGGGGUGGGUUCAGUUCACCUGUCACCUUUCUAACAUGUAUUUUUCUACUAUUGCUUAGACGUUCAUCCUGUGGUGUAGUCGGCCGCUCGCCGUCGCGUCGCCGCGUUCCGUUUGACUGUUUACUUCAGACGUUCCUCGCCGUCUCGUCCUAACGCUGCCGGUAGAUCUCCACACGUGUACUGGGCUCGUUCUUGUGGUAGCUUUUACUCCCGGUGUACGAGCAGAGAGAGGUCAUAGGUCAGAUUUCAGUCGCUUCCUUUUCGUCUUAUGCUUUAUGUGAUUUACUUGGUUGAUGAGCUUCAGUUAGUUUGAGCUGCGGCGCUUCCUGGCAGAUCGGCCGGGCCCGUACGGAAGAUCUGACAGGAAAGCAAGUCAAACUAACUAAACUAGAAAACACUUCUGUGUGCAUUUACUGAAAAACACGUUAACAGGAGAGUAGUUUUUUUUAGUGGUUUGUCUUUAAUAGCUGAAGCGUUUUCCGCGUUAAAUCAAAAAAAGAACAGUGAAGAUUCAGUGUGGACCAGCAGAGAGCAGCACAGACCUGCCAGGACUGAAGUUUCAGAGACGAGAACCUGAGCAGAGAACACUUUUGUAGUACUUUAAUACACCAUCUUAGCUGCUGGACAGUAAAACACACAUCUCACUUUUUUGUUUUCUAACUUCAAAAUAAAAUAAUCUGUUAUUAAAGACAAAAAGCUAAAUCAUUCUUUCGUUGACACAUAACUGUUUUAUCUCUUAUUAUUAUUAUUGGCAUUUUAGAGCUUCCAUAUCUGAAGCCGUUUGCACUUUUCUCAGCCGUUCCUGCAGAUGUUAUUACUUAGAGUUGUUUGUCGGGCUGCUUCACGAGACACACUAAUUUAUACCGUGAGCCAGGCUCAGCAGCCCACCUCUUACAGUUCACUCGACCUCGACGGCACUACCUUUAUCCCGCAGCACUGCAUGGUGGUCGACGGCCCGCUGAAGCUACAGGAAGUGAUGUCAGCUGUGCAUAGAGAGCGUGCUAGCUGUGCGUGUAGCAACAUAGUUUUCUAGCAAUAUUCAUACUUUUAUGAAGGAUCGGGUCUGAUAAAUUAUGACUGAAUAAUCCGACGACAUCCUGGCCUGGCAUGAUUUAUGUACUUACAAACUUAUGCAGAUGAGAUGCUGUUUUCCGUUCCUGAGGUGGUCUUCAGCUAACGGAGUCUUUGUAACUGACAGAUGGAGAUUUCAGGGGGGCUGUUGAUGCAGACCUGGGGUCAAACACGGAGCGCUCAGCCUGUCUGUUUGUUUCCUGCUGUUUUGCUUCAGUGUCUUUGUCACUCGCAGCAGGUUAACAGGUUACAGAAGUGAAAUGAAGAUCUGUGUUGACCCGGGUUUGUUCCUGUAAACACUGUCGACUAAAUGGCUUCGACUCCGGAACGAGGGAAUGACCGCUGACACGCAGAGCCUCCUCUAAAGUACUUUAGUUGUGCUCAGGAAAUAAAGUGAAAUGAGAUUUGUCUUGAUGCGAGAGGCUAACGGCUAACGUCACAUCAAAGAUUAGAGAAAUCGGUGUUGCUGCUGCUGAACUGGAGUGCACAUGACUUUAAAACCUUGAACUGACCUUGGGUGAGUUUCCUCUCUGUUAUAGAAGCUUUGCAUUGAGACACUGAAGCCAUUAGUUUAACUGCUGAGAGUCUUUGGGAGCUUUGAGUUGCAUCCAACCAGACAAGGUGGAGUGUUUCACCAGUCAGUUUAACUAUGACGUGCUCAAAUAAAAACACUGAUAAAGAGCUGAAUGUUUACUUAUUUUCUCUUAAAGCUGUUCAGUCUCAUUCUUUAUAACGACGAUCGGGAUGGAAAUUUAAAAUCUUAAAGCAGUAAACGAAAUGUGAGACAGAAAAUAAGGAGAGGAAACUAUUUUCAAAUCAACAGUUCAUCAUUUAAAGACACAGUGAGGAGAGACGGUUAAAUAAUUUUACUUUGGGUUUGAAAAUGCGCAUUUAAAGGUGGCGCCUUUUUAAUGAUGGAUCAGUGUCUUAAUUUAUUAAACAGCCCAGAAAGUUAAACUGUCAGAUGUGGCUCAAAGCUUCUAACAAACUGAUCCACCACCGCGGGCCGGGGGCCGCCGUCUGGGUUUGUUUCUUUCGUGGGGGAACUGGCUCGGUUACAGACCGCGGUGGUUCUCGACUCUUCAGGUGUGUUUGCACGUCAGAGCUGGAAAGAAAAUUCUUGUUUAAACCGCGGGUCUGGAUUACGGGCCGGGGCCCCCGACCCUCCGAGGGCCUUAAAGCUCCUUCAUCAGUUGAUAUUGGCCUCACAUGGUGCGUUAAAAUAAAUAAAUGCCAGGGGUCAGUCAGUUGGGGCCCCCGGUGUGUUGAUCCGGCCCUGCCUGUUGUAUAAACUCGCUCAUUAUUAGACUUAAAGUGAAUAAUUACAAAGUUUGAGGCACAUGUCAGGUUCCUGAGAGCAGAGUCUGAUUGGAGGGGCGGGGGGGUAUUUAAAAGAAGUUAGAAGUUCAGGUCUGGUUUGGACCGGUGUUGUAUAAAAACGCUCACAACACUACAUGUUGCUCGAAUCUCACCACACUGGGUGCAAACAGAACUGUUUGGAUAAAGAAUGACGGUUGUCGAUGCAAUAACUGACGGGAUGGUUGGAGCAGCAGCAGGAGGCCGGGGGCGCGUUUGUUCUCCGCCUCCUGUAACACUCUGGAGUCCACAUGUCUUUGGACCCAGCAUGGCGUCCUCCUCUGUGGGCCUCAGCGGCCCGGGGUUUUUAUUAAGAGCAAAUAAAAAACUUGUUCAUUA